CUGUCUGUUUCUUAGUCGUCGUUGGAUAGGUACGUAGCACAAACAACAGUUCGUAUGAUAGCUAUCAGUGACGAGGACUCGAGUUUCCGACUUGAAAUAAAAAAUUAAGUAGCCCGCCAGCGCUCGGUCGGACUCGUUCACCGUCAUUAUCGACGCGUUUGAAAAUUCUGGGAUUCAUGUUUUGUGUAUAUAUGGUGUGCACUGUACGUAUAGUUGUUGCGUACUAGUAUACGAAUAUACUUUACAAUAACAACGUUUGAAAGUUACACUUGUUGUUGAUUUAAACAGUUUGUCAUAGUGUGAGUCAAAAUGUCUGUGACUUACGCUCAGAGGGGUAAACCAACCCCUACGCCUGCACAGUUGCAAAAGAUGCUUGAUGAAAAUAGUCAUCUUAUACAGACAAUACAAGAAUAUCAAAGCAAAGGCAAGUCCCAAGAAUGCAUACAAUAUCAAAAUAUUUUGCAUAAAAACUUAGUUUAUUUAUCUUCUAUUGCUGAUGCUAAUCAGAGUCUACAGCACAUGUUGCCUCCUCCACAAUCAAUCCCAAAUGGGCCUGCACAUAACGCUAUACCCAACCAAGGUCCACCAAAUGUAUCAACACCUACUGGUGCUGCUGGAGACAUACCUCCUAACACACAGCAACCAAUGUCAAUGCCUGGAUACAACCAAAACCAGCCUAUUCCUCAGGGUGGUUAUUCUAGAGGGCCUGUAAUGCCAGGUCAAAGCCCAGCAAUGAAUAGACCUCCUACAGGACCUGGUCCACAACCACAACCACAAUUCAGAGGAAACCAGCAGGGCUAUCCACCUCAGCAACCACCUCCCCAAGGGUACCACCCUCCAUAUAAUAAUCAAGGGCCAACUGCAAAUUACCCUGGGCCUCAAAGCUCAAAUUAUGGUCCUGGCCAACCAAAUCAAUAUGGUCCUCCUGGUGGGCCUCAACAGCCAAAUUAUCCAUCUGGUAACCCUUCUAAUUAUGGUCCACCUUCUGGAAUUAAUAAUUAUGGACCACAACCUGGUGGAUAUGUCCCUCCGAAUGCAAAUACACCACCAAGUGGAUAUGGACCACCACCACCAACAAAUCAACAAACAUAUCCUCCUAAUACUCCGCAGCCUAACUUUCCAUCAUCAGGUCAACAACAGCAGCAACAGCAGCAACAGCAGCAACAGCAGCAACAACAGCAACAACAGCAACAACAGCAACAGCAGCAACAACAGCAACAACAACAACAACAACAACAACAACAACAACAACAACAAGCACAACAACAACAACAACAGCAACAAGCACAACAAGCACAACAAGCACAACAACAACAACAACAACAACAACAACAACAACAACAACAGCAACAGCCACCACCACCACCUCCUCAACAACAACACCCGCAGCAAUCACAACAAACUGGACCAUUUCCAAAUUCAAGCCAACAACCUGGCUAUCAACAAACACCACAAGGACCACCUACACAGAAUGCCUACAAUCCAAAUCCUCAAGCUGGAAAUUACCCUCCACCUUCUCAAGGAUAUCCAAAUAGUGUUCCUCCUCAACAACAAUAUCCACCACCAGUGGUUUCAAGUGCUCAACCACCACAACCACCUGUCCCUCAACCCCCUCAAUCAGGGCCACCACAACCUGGUUAUGGAAACAGCUCUGGACCCGGAAGUGGUUCAUCGCAGUAUGGACCAGCAUCGACACCUCCGUUCAGUUCAGCUGGAAGUGGUGUAAACACGUAUGCUCAAAGUGGACCUACUAGUACUUCUACUGCAACGACUCCAAAUCUUCCACCAAGUUUUCAGCCUCCAAGUGGACCACCACAGGGACCACCAGGUGGUCCUCCGCAGCCACAACAACCGAAUAAUUAUGGUCCACCUCCGCCUCAACCUCUCCCAGCAGCGAAUCAAUCUUAUGCUCCGCCAGGACCAGUGGGGCAGCCGGGUUAUCCUCCUCAACCGAAUCAGCAUUAUGGUCACCCUCAGUACCCUCCUCAAAACUAUGCACCUCCACCUGGUAGCCAGGCUUAUGGACAAUAUCCACCUAGGCCUACUGGGCACAUGCCUCCACCACCAGGACCUCAAGGUCCACCUCCUAAUCAGUAUGGUGGAUACAGCUAUCAACCACCACCUCAGUAGUUCAGACUGGUUCUUUAAAAUAAAAUUAAUUAUUUGCCAAUCAAGGCACUUGGAAUUUUUAUUAUAAAUCUGUAGACUUAAGUCGUGUAUAAGACUAUUACUUUCAUAUUUCCUUUUUUUUUAUAAUCUUGUAAAUUUGUAUUUUUCACAUUGAAAUGAAUUUUUUUCCUUCAUACGAUAUUGUAAUGAAAUGUCAGAGUAUAGAAAGAAUAUAGUCUGUACAUUAAUUAAAAUAUAAUUUUUAAAAUAACUUAAAUAUUCUUAUAAGAUCAUGUAUUAUAUUUAAUCUAUCAGUAUAAUAAUAAUUAGCAUGUAAAAUCAUAGGUUUUUUUAAUGCCGUUGCUGUAAAUUGUACAUUUCAUAGUUGUAUUUUCUGUGUAUUGAUUAGGAUAAUUUUUUAUCCAAGAAAAGGACUUCAAGAGAUAUUGCAUUUUUAUUAGAUUCAUCAUGCGAUAAAUAAUU